AUGAGAGUGCUGAGUGUUGUCCUUGUUUCGGCACUGUGUGCGUGCAUUGGAGCCGUAGGUGUGCAAGUUAAGGUUGGAGAUAGGAACUUCCCCCUAGAGGCAGUGAAGCAGCUGAAGGAACUGAUGGAUUUAGACGACUACACUAACCCUUACCUGGACGAAACAAGUGUUGCAGCCGCCUGCGCCAACCCUCUUCUGCCACAGGUCUUUCGGCCAUUGUGCCAAGUGCCAGGGACAGACAUGGUGUUCUCCAGACUAGUGUAUAUCAUCUCACCUUCGGAUCCUUGUGAAAUAUGUGCCAACCCCUCCUGCUAUGGGUGUAUGAUCUGAGGAUGCCAUCUGCUACACACCCAAGCAUAUACGUCCCCAGAGCCUCUGAGGCUCUCAUCCAACAUAGUUCUACCGCAUCUCUAUGUAUAACAUAUCCAUUGACAUCAGCAAAAGACAUCCUGUAACCAAGCAACCAAGCCCAAUGGGAUCAAGGCUAAGUGGCCAAAUUGUCAACCCACCAGAUUUUUAC